CAAUGUUGCUUAAGAUACAAGUUUUGUUCAGUUGUUUUCGAUUCUUCAUACAGUUUGGAAUAUAUUUGUAAUAUUUUCAGAUUAAAUAUUGUACUUACUUACUCGCGCGUUUACUUCCACGAGUUAUUUAGAUGAAAAUUUAAUCAGUAGAAGGCAGAAAAGUGAGCAGAAAAAGCUGUUUGGAACGCAGCCUUUUUGGCGCCGUCGUUUGAAAUCGUUUGUUCCGCUUUGUGCCGACUGUGACUCUGAAUUUUAGACUAAAUAAGCAAUCGUUUAAUGUGAGCAAUCAUGGGCGUGCACGAUCUCUGGUCGAUUCUGGAGCCGGUUCGGGAAUCAGUCCCGCUAUACAGCUUAUGUGGAAAGACGCUGGCGGUCGACCUGAGCUUGUGGGUCUGUGAAGCCCAGCACGUCCAGGCAAUGAUGGGUCGCGUAACCAAGCCACACCUGAGGAAUUUAUUUUUCAGGGUGUCGAGCCUCACACUUAUGGGUGUGAAGCUGGUCUUUGUUAUGGAAGGAGACGCUCCAAAACUAAAAGCAGAAACGAUGAAGAAGAGAACACAGAGCAGAUUCGCAGGCUCGAAGAAGACGCCUGCUCCGAGAUACACUACAAACACCGGCAGGGGGCGCUUUAACGCCAUACUGAGAGAGUGUGCAGAGAUGUUGGACUACAUGGGUGUCCCGUGGGUGAGGGCAGCAGGUGAGGCAGAGGCCAUGUGUGCCUACCUGGACUCACAGAGACUGGUGGAUGGUUGUAUCACCAACGAUGGAGAUGUGUUCCUGUACGGUGCCCGAACUGUCUACAGAAACUUCAACAUGAACUCUAAGGACCCUCAGGUGGAGUGCUAUAGAACGUCUCAGGUCCAGACUGAGCUCCAUCUCAGCAGAGAGAAUCUUGUUGGCCUAGCAAUUCUGCUUGGUUGUGAUUACAUCCCCAAAGGAAUACCUGGGGUUGGCAAAGAGCUUGCUCUCAAGCUCAUCCAAAGCCUUAAAGAAGAAACCCUCCUGGAAAGGCUCUCACGGUGGAAGGAGGAGAACGCUGUUGUCUCUGAGGUCGUUGUGAAGAAGGUUCCUCACUGCCACAUUUGUCGACAUCCUGGCUCUUUGAAGGUGCAUGAACGCAGAGGCUGCCUUCUGUGUGACAGCAGUCGCUUUUGUCAGCCUCAAGACUUUAACUACGAGUGUCCAUGUGACUGGCACAGACAUGAACAGACCCGACAGGCCUCUUCUGUGGAGGCUGUUGUCAGAAAGAAAACACUGGCGAACUCUCAGUUUCCUUUCACAGAGAUUAUUAGUGAGUUUCUAGUCUCUAAAGAUAAACCUGUGUCCAGUUUCAAGAGACGUCUGCCCAACAUGCUGCUACUGCAGAAAUUUGCUUUUGACAAGAUGGAGUGGCCAAAGCAUUACACCAGCGAGAAGGUUCUGGUGCUGAUGACCUACGCUGAGCUGAUGAACAGAAAACACGGACGGAAUAUGCCACCGCAGAUUAAACCGCUCAGAAUAUUGAAACCCAGGGUGAGGAAUUCCGUCUCCUGUUUCGAAGUUGUUUGGACGACACCAGAUCAUUACGUCUUCCCUGAGGAUUGUCCUGCCGACGACCAGCAGGAAGUGAGGUCGGUGGAGGAAGAGUCUCUGUUUCGUGUGGCCUUCCCGGAGCUGGUGGAGAGCUACAUGCGGGAGAAAGCUCUGGCUGAGGAGAACAAGACUAAAAGGAAGAAAACGAAGAGUAAGAAGGAGAAGACCUCAGAUGAGCCCAGCGACCUUUCUGACCUCAUGACACGGCUGACCCUCCAGAGCUCCUCGUCCCUUCACUCACAGUCUCAGCCUCGUUCUGCUCUGUCGUCAACUGAAUCCGAAACUGUGGACUUGGUGUCAGGUCAGAAAGAACUUCCCCCGAGUGACUGCCCGAGCACGCCGCAAUCUAGAGCUGAUUCUGAGACGGCGUCUCCUUCGGUGUCCUCUGUCAUCGAUGCGCUGCACCUCAGCGAAAUCGACUGGGACGCGCUGUCCUUCACGUCCUCCCCAACUCCACAAGACGCACCGAAGGUCAAUCCAGAAGCAAAAGACGAAGAAGAAGGAGGUCAUUUUAAGGUGAAGUGUAUCGAUGAGGAACCAUCUGUGGACGACAAAGACUGCAAAGCUGCUGUGUGUUCCUCAGGGGCUCCACUCAGAGAGCGGGUUCUCUUGAGAAACAGCGUGCGGGCUCUUGACCAGGUUGACUGGUCAGCGAAUAAUGUCCACAAACAACUGGAUUAUGACCUUCCCUCUCAGGAACUGAAGCCAAACAUCUGUGUUGAAGAACAGAAACCUGUGAUGCCUCGGCUGAUGCCUCUAGUUCUCGCUCCUCCUGGGAAGCCCAAAAAGGCACCACAAAAGUAUAAAUUUGUCAAAACAGCCCUAUUACCUGCUGCCCCACAGAGGUGCCACUCUGACCCGGGUCACAGCGACAGAGUCGCACCACCGAUCACCAAGAAAAGUGUGUGUCUGAGUGUGUGUUCCUCCAGCGACGAAAGCGAUGUUGAGAACAAGCAGUCACAGAGGAGGACAAAACUCACAUCCAUGAACAAGAUCAAGGGCAACAUUCCACCACUGUUGCCACUUAAAAGUGCUCCAGGAAGUGCAACAACUGACUUGGCAGCAAAACCUCAGCUACCUGCAGCAGCUACUGACAGCUGGCAGGAAGUCCCGCCCUCCAUCCUUCAGACUGAUGUGUUCAUUCCUUCAUCACCUGUCGCUGUGUCGGAUAGUGAUGACUCGGUAGUUUGCAGUGAGAGCCCACUGCCACUGGCAGAGAGACUUCGACUGAGAUUUCAAAAGUGAGCUGAAGGUUGAUUUGUAUUGGAAGAAUUUCACUUGGUCACAAGUGUGUUUCACUUGGACCAUUUGCCUUGUGACAAGGGAGUUUCCUCGAUACAGGUUGUCAACAACAAAUAAAUGUUCAGGUCACGACUGGAGUGCGUCACAAGUCUGAAAGUAAUGCAACACUAGAAUUUUAAUUUGGUGUGUUUGUCACCGUCUAUACUGAGACACUUAUUGACAUGAUUGUCGUGACAAAACAUCAAACAAGUUUGUUAUUAUGGAAAUGUGAAAACAUUCACUUGUGGAAAUAAAUGUUUUACUAUUAAAAUGUUAUUCUGUAGUUGAAAACUUGAGGUCCGUACCCUUUGUACCGCGGCAAUUGUAGGACGGCAAUGAAGGAUCCAGUUGUAAACAUUUUGACAGUCAUGGAUUACAAAAUGUUGUUGGGUUAUUUAUGUUUAUAUUUUGACCAAACAAUGGUCAGAACGUAGCUUCACACCCCAUGAAAUUCCCUUUAAUCUACUUUGAGUUUUCAUCUCUGUAGGUCAUGAUAUUGACAUGAUCAGGUUCAUUUUGAAUUCAUUUUUUUGCUGCUACUGCUCAGGUCCAGCACAAAGAAAGACAAAAGGCAUAUGUAACGACAUGGCAAGAAUUAGGCAGAAUUAUUAAUUUGUCAUUCUAACAAUGUUCUGUCUGACCCAGUAGAAUAUUAAAAAAUAUUUAUCACUUCAAUUCCUCAAACUGAAGAGGAUUAUUAAUGGAAAUAAUAACCUUCUGUACCUGUGGAUUUGGGAUUUAAGAGAUUUCAAGGUUUUUCAU